AUGAAGGCUGAGUACGAUCUUGAUCAUCUUCCUCAUCAAAGCUUCUACGGAAAUUAUUCAAAAACUUUGGUUCCCAUAAACAAAAACUCCCAAAUAAUUACCAAGGUCAAGCCCAAGAUCCGUAUCAUCCAUAUAUUUGCUCCGGAGAUCAUCAACACCGACGUCAAGAACUUCCGUACACUUGUCCAAAGUCUAACCGGUAAACCGGAUAUCACCAAAACCGGUACUAAAAAAAAGAUAACCCAAACAAAAUUUCCGGCGCCUCCGCCACCACCUCAAGAAACCGGCCAUGAGACGGCGGAGAUGGUCAACAUGUUAAUAGGAAGCCACGCGGUAAAGGAAGAAUGGGGAUCAGGAGCACUUGCUGAGAAAGCAUUGCUUGCACACGUUAUGGUGUGA